AUGCCAUCCGAACAGAAAAAAUCCACAGCUUCAGAAGAAACCAAAGAGGUUGAUGACGAAGUGGAGGAAACUGAGCCAAAGUUAAAGGAGAAGAGCAAUGGUUUGACCCGUGGGGACACCACUAAAAGGGAGAAGAGUCAGAAGAAACACAAGAGCACAGAGAGCUCUGAGAAUCAGGAGGUUCCAGAGAAAGUGAAGGCUAAAAAAGAGAGAGACAAGGUAAGAGAGAAAAAGAAGAAAAAGAAAGCAGAUGAUGAUGAUGAUUGUGAGGCUGAGGCUGAGGCUGGGGCUGUGAUUGAAAGCAAAGAAGAUGAGGGUGAGCAGAACAACAAUGAUCUCACAACCCAUACCAAAAAGAAGAAAUCACAGAAGCUCAAAGAAGAAGUGACUGAGGGAGUGAAGGAGGAAAAGAAGAAAAAGCAAAAGAAAUCCUCUGCAGAGAAUCCGGAGGGGGAGGCUGAGAUGGGCUCCAAGGAUAAAAAGUCUAAAGAUGGCAAGAAAAAGAAAAAGUCUCACAAUGACGACGAUGAGGAGCCUUUAAUCGAGGAGCAGGAAGAGGAGGAGGAAUCAAAGAAAAAGAAGAAGAAGAAAGCAAAAAAGGGGUCUGCAGACAGUGAUGAAGAUAAAAAGAAGAAGGGGAAAAAAUCCAAAAGUAAACAGGUGGACUAUGCUGAAAUCUACCAGAAUGAACUGCUGAACUACCACACAGACUCAUCUGAUGGAUAUGAAGAUGAAUACUUCAAAAAGAAAGUGUAUGAGGUGGUUAGUGUCACUGGUGAUGUAAAAGGAGCCGGGACAGAUGCUAAUGUAUUUGUUACCCUUUUUGGAGACUUUGGCGUCACACCCAAGGUUCACCUGGCGAGCAACACAGAAAAGAGAAGCCGGACUGCAUUUGAGAAGAAUAAGACUGAUGUUUUCCGAAUCAAAACGCACAACGUGGGGCCUCUAAAGAAGCUGAGGAUCGAGCACGACAACACGGGGAUGAGCGCCAGCUGGUUCUUGGACAGAGUGGUGGUGACCGACAUGAACCGGCCCCAUCUGCGUUUUUAUUUCGCCUGCAACAACUGGCUGAGUCGGGAGGAGGGCGACAACCUGUUUGUCAGGGACCUGCUGGGCAGCAUGAACCCCAUGGAUGUUCCAAAAUUGAAUAAAUACAUUGUGAGCGUGUUCACUGCUGAUAUGAAGGGAAGUGGGACUGAUGCUGAUGUGUUCCUGAAUAUCUUUGGAGUGAAUGGUGACACAGGAGAGAGAAGACUGGACAGUGACAAAAACAACUUUGAACGAGGGUCAGAGGACAAGUUUACAAUAGAGGCCCCAAACCUCGGGAGGCUGAGGAAAAUCACUAUUGGUCACAACAACAGAGGCUCUUCAGCCGGAUGGUUUCUGGAUAAGGUGGUCAUAGAUGACAUGGGGAACAAAGAACUGUAUGAGUUCCCAGUGAACCGCUGGUUUGCCAUGGAUGAAGAUGAUGGCAAAAUACAGAGAGAUGUGUUGGUCGGAUCCAUGCAACCAAUGGGAAUCAUAUACAAUGUCCAAGUGAUGACUGGCAAUGUGAGGGGUGCGGGGACCAACUCUAAGAUCCACAUGGUCAUGCAUGGAGCUAAAGGCUUGAAAAACAGUGGCAAAGUGUUCCUCGAGGGUGGUGCUUUUGAGCGUGGUCUCAUUGACAUUUUCAAUGUAGAGAUUUGUGAACUGAUGAGCCCACUCAGCAGGGUCACCAUCGGGCAUGACAAUGGUGCAGUUGGUGCUGGAUGGUACUGUGAAAAGGUAGUUAUAUACUGUCCAUUCACGGGGAUAGAGCAGACAUUUCCGUGUGGGAUGUGGCUGGAUGAGGAUGAGGGAGAUGGGCUGAUUGAGAGGGAGCUGUAUGAGAUGGUCUCUCUCAGGCAGAAAAAACAAAAAAAGUACCCUUGGUCACUGUGGAUUUGGACCUCAGAUGUAAAGGGGGCAGGCACAGAUGCCCAGGUAUUCCUGCAGAUCUAUGGAGAGAAGGGAAAGUCUGAUGAGCUCAAACUAGAGAACAACUCAGACAGUUUUGAACAGGGUCAGGUCGAUAAAUUCAUGAUUGAAAUGGCAGACAUAGGAAGACUGCUGAAACUGCGGAUCUGGCACGAGAAGAGACAUCCAUUCGCUGGCUGGCAUUUAGCAAAGGUCACCUUGCUCAAGACACUAACCAAGGAGAAAUAUUCAUUUGAAUGUGGCCGUUGGCUUGACAUCAAUGAAGAUGACAAUGAGAUUGUCAGAGAGCUUCCAGCGACAGGAGCAACUAUUGAUGAGCCACUGGCCUUGAUUAAGUAUAGAGUCACCAUCUGCACAGGAAAUGUCAGCGGCAGUGGCACCGAUGCCAGCGUCUUCCUCAAUAUUAUCGGUGAUUUGGGUGACACAGGGGAGCGACUCAUGAUUAUGAGCAAAAACAAUGUUAACAAAUUUGAAAAGGGAAACCACGAUGAGUUCCUGAUUGAGUCCGUGUUCUUGGGCCAGGUGCGUAGGGUCCGUGUGGGUCAUGACGGCCGUGGUGGAGGCUGUGGUUGGUACCUGGAUAAGGUGAUGGUCAGGGAGGAGGGCCAGCCAGAGACCGCGGCCACUCAGUUUCCUUGUUUCAGGUGGUUGGACCGUAAUGAGGAUGAUGGACAGAUUGUCCGUGAGUUAGUUCCAGCGGGAGAUGGCCUGCGUCUCUUUAAUGUCAGCUACCAGAUAGCAAUCAAGACAGGCAACGUGAAUGGGGCCAGCUCCGACUCCAAGGUGUUUGUCAAGCUGUACGGGGAGAAGGGUGAUACUAGCAAGGUGAUAUUGGCAGUCUCUGACAAUGACCUCAGGAACUACUUUGAGACAGGGCGCACGGACAUCUUUACCCUUGAAACCUCUGACAUUGGGCAGAUCAACCGACUUCUGAUCGGUCACACUAACGAGGGCCUGCGAGCUGGAUGGUUUCUGGACAGUGUGCAGAUCUCUGUGCCAAAUCAUGGGAAGCAGUACAUGUUCCCAAGUCACAGGUGGCUCUGCAAAGAUGAAGCUGAUGGAAAGGUGGAGGUGGAGCUCUAUCCCAGUGAGACGUUGGACAUUGAACAAUUGAUCAACUAUGAAGUAACAGUGGUUACAGGUGACGUGCGUGCAGGUGGAACCAACGCUAAUGUCUUCUGUCAGAUCUAUGGAUAUGAAGGAAAAACUGAAGUUCUGUCUCUUAAAAGUCGCUCCAACAAUUUUGAACGUGGUACCACUGACAUCUUCAAGAUCGAAGCUCAGGAUGUCGGUAAGAUCUAUAAGAUACGUAUCUACCAUGAUGGGAAGGGUAUUGGAGAUGGCUGGUUCCUGGAGACAGUGGACAUCAAGCGCCUGACAAUGGCUAUGGUGCAGGUUGAGGUGAAGAAAGAAGAGACAAACAAAAAAGACAAGAAGAAGGAUAAGAAAAAGAAGAAGAAAGAAGAGGAGGAAGAGGUAGAGAUAGUUGAGGAGCUGCAGGAAGUGGUGGAGACAUUUAUUUUCCCUUGUAACCGCUGGCUGGCCAGGGACGAGGAGGAUGGGGAGAUUGUGGUCGAGUUGCUGGCUGAGGACAGUGAAGACUUGGAGAUGAAUUCAUAUGAGGUACAUGUGUUCACUGGGACGAUGUGGGGGGCAGGGACAGAUGCCAAUGUGUACAUCGACAUCUACGGAGAAACUGGCGACACAGGGGAGCGACAGCUCAAGAAAUCCAACAGUCUAAACAAAUUUGAGAAAGGCCAGGAGGACAUUUUUGACAUCACCGCAGUGGAUCUGGGGACCCUGAAGAAGCUGAGGAUCCGCCAUGACAACAGCCAGGCCAGUGCCGGCUGGUUUUUGGACAGAGUGGAGAUUGUAGACAACAAAGAUGACACCACGUAUUUUUUCCCCUGUAAUCGGUGGCUGGCUGUUGAUGAGGAUGAUGGACAGCUUGCCAGAGAGCUUGUUCCUGUGGAUGAGGCUUUCAUGAAGAAGGGAGAUGAUGAUGAUGAUGAAGAUGACUCUGAAGCUACACUUGGUUUGGAACAGAAAGCCAUGUCAACAACAUACACAGUGAGGAUAAAAACUGGUGACAAGAAGUACGCAGGAACAGAUGCUAAUGUCUUUAUGACCCUGUAUGGCACCAAGGAUGACACAGGAAUAAUUAACCUAAAGGCUUCAAAGACUCAUAAGAACAAGUUUGAGCGGGGUAUGAUUGAUGUGUUUACUGUGGAAGCCGUGGACCUCGGACCCUUGAAAAAGCUGCGUAUUGGACACGACAACAAUGGAGGAGGGUCAGCGGGUUGGUUUCUUGACUGGGUGGAGAUUGAUGCUCCAUCUCUGGGACAGAAACUACACUUCCCAUGUGGUCGCUGGUUGGAUAGAGGGGAGGAUGACGGAGCCAUCGUCAGGGUGCUUUUCCCUAAUCCUCUUCAGACAGAGUUUUACACACCAUUUGUUCCUUAUGAGAUUAAAAUCUUUACGAGUGACGUGUUUGGAGCUGGCACAGAUGCAGACGUCUUCAUUGUCCUGUAUGGCCGAGAUGCGGUCUGCACCCAGCAGAAGUCUCUGUGUGUCAACAAGAGGGAGAGGAGAAUGUACUUUGAGAGAGAAGCUGAGGACAUGUUUAUUGUUGAGCUAGAAGAUGUGGGGGAUGUAAUUGAGAAGAUUCGUAUCGGCCAUGACAACCGUGGGGUGAACCCAGGCUGGCAUCUGGACAGAGUGGAGAUCAGACGCCUCCUCAGGAAAGGAAAGGGUUCGGAGACAGUCAUCUUCCCUUGUGAGCGGUGGCUCGCCAAGUCGGAGGAUGAUGGAGAAACGGUGAGAGAGCUGAUGCCUUCAGACAUCAUCACAGAGAAACUUUCAAGAGAUGGAAGCUUGAAAGUGACAGAAGUCGAGGUGGAAGACGCUCUGGAAACUCACACAUACAAAGUUUCAGUGAUGACAGGUAAUGUGUGUGGAGCCGGCACCGACGCCAAUGUCUUCCUCACGAUUUACGGGGACCUGGGGGACACCGGGGAGAGAAAACUGAGCAAGUCGGAGACAAACAGCAACAAGUUCGAAAGAGGAUCUGUGGAUAAGUUCACUAUAGAGGCAGUCGACCUUGGUCAGAUUUUCAGGAUAAAAAUCCGCCAUGAUAACAGUAUGGUGAGCCCUGACUGGUACUUGGACCAGGUGGAGGUGGUUGACGUUGAUACCGAGGAGGUUUUCCUCUUCUUAUGUGAACGUUGGCUCUCCAGAAAGAGGGAGGAUAGACGCAUCGAAAGAUACUUUUAUGUCAAGGGUUAUGAAGGAGUCCGAGAAAGCUUAGCCAGUAAAAAGAAGAACUCAGCUCUGACGCAGAAAAGUGUCGACAGUAACAUGAACAAAAAGAACAAGAAGAAGAAAGAAGAAGAAAUUGAUCUCCCGACCAUACCGUACCACAUCACCCUCUACACUGGACUGGAGAAGGAUGCAAGCACCACCAGUAGGGCUUAUGUCAUCAUUAUCGGGGCUAAUCACACCCAGACAGAGAGGCUGUGGUUGGACCCGCCAGAUGGGAGGAAGGGCUUUGAGGCCGGCUCUCUGGAGAUCUUUGAGUCUCACGGUUCAGAUGUGGGGGAGAUCAAAAAGGUUGAGCUCGGCCAUGAUGGGGCCACUCCGGAGAGCUGCUGGCUGGUUGAUGAACUGUCUGUUGCUGUGCCAACCAAAGGGGUCAAAUAUAUAUUUGCUUGCAAGUGCUGGCUGGCCAAAGAUCGAGGAGAUGGGUUGACUGCAAGAAUAUUCAAUGUGCUGGAUGCAGAAGCCAUUUCUAUCUCCCAUAAGGUUAUUUACGAGGUGACAGUGGUAACAGGAGAUGUGCAGAAUGCGGGAACAGACACCCAGAUCUUCAUGACUGUUUUCGGGGCCAACGGCAGCACACAGGAGAUGUUGCUACAGAAGAAUGAGGACAGGUUUGAGCGAGGUCAAGAGGACACUUUCAAUAUGGAGAUCGACGACGUUGCCCCACUGAGAAAAAUGCGACUUCGAAUUGAUGGAUCGGGCAGUCGACCUGACUGGUUUCUUGAUAAGGUGAUCAUGCGUAACCUGACCACAGAGGAGGUGUCUGUGUUCACCUAUGAAGAGUGGCUGUCCAGGACACAUGGAUCCAAGAAGACCAUGAUCUGUGAGAUGGCUGCUGUGGUAGAUGAGGAGAUGAUGGUGGAGGUCACAACCUACAUCGUCCAGGUCAAGACUAGUGACAUUGCAGGGGCAGGCACUGAUGCCAACGCGUGGAUCAUCAUUUUUGGAGAGAACGGAGACACGGGGACACUGGCGCUGAAAGAGUGCAACAAGUCCAACAAGUUUGAGCGCAAACAGCUGGACACAUUUCGCUUCCCAGAAAUCCUCAGCCUGGGAGACCUCUCCAAAGUCCGUGUCUGGCACGAUAACUCAGGUAUUGCUCCAGGCUGGCACUUGGAGUAUAUUGAUGUGAAGGAUGAGAUCAUGGACAAAACAUUUCGUUUCCCAUGUGACCGCUGGCUUGCCAAGAAUGAUGAUGAUGGACAGAUAAUGAGAGAGCUGGCUUGUGCUAACAAUGACUACCUGGACCUCAAUGAGAAGACCAAGUAUGAAAUUUGUAUCACAACCGGAGACACGGCUGAAACCAAGGAAAAUGCAUGCAUCAUACUUGAAGGGAAAAAGGGUCGAUCAAAAGAAUUUGUAAUGGAGAACUCCUCAAAGAAGAAAAGGUUCUUGCGGGGAAAUGUUGACAGGUUUGAAUUUUCAUCCAAGAACCUGGGGGAUAUUGCUGGUAUCUGUUUGGGCCACACACCCAAGGAUGGAAAGAAAGUAAAGGGGGAGGUUUACUGGAAAGUGGAAGAGGUUGUUGUGACCGAAAGAGAGCUGGGAAACAAGUACAUUUUCAAAUGCAAUUCCCUCAUCCCUCUUUCUCCAAAGAGAGAUGAUUUCAUGAACUUUGAGUGCACGAAGACCAUCGAGAGCUUUGCCAGCAAAGCUCGCAGCCUGGUACCUGUUAAAUAUGAGAUCAUCGUCAUCACAGGUGAUGAAAAGGGAGCAGGGACAGAUGCCAAUGUUUUCAUCACGCUCUAUGGCACCAAUGGAGAUUCAGGGUGCAGGCAGCUGCGUCAGAAGUUCCGUAACCUUUUUGAACGCGGGCGAACGGACCGUUUCUCAGUGGAAAUGCUGGAUAUGGGGGAGCUGCAGAAAGUUCAGGUAGAACACGACAACUCCAGUCUCAGCCCCGGCUGGCUGCUCGACCGUGUGGAAGUCACCAACACGGCCAAUGGUGUCACCACCAUCUUUCUCUGUGGGAGGUGGCUGGACUCAAAGAAAGCUGAUGGAAAAAUCUCCAGAGUCCUCUACCCAAAAUACUAAAAACUCUCACAGCACAAGGUUCCUCUUAUGUUUAAAAGUAAUGACCAAAGAGCUUCUGCUUCUAGCGAGUUUUUUUUUUUAAUCUCAGGAACUGAGACUAAUUUUUACAUAUUUUUUUAA